AUGAAGUUCUCCGUCGCUGCUAUCCUCAUCCCCCUUGUGGCCGGUGCCGCAAUCCAGGAGCGUCAGGUCAGCCCUGAAUGCGAAAAAUGGGGUUCUCUUGACCACCCGUAUCCCUUUGCGACAGUUUGGGGACAGCACAACCUCUGCUGUAACUAUCUAGGCCCUGGAAACAUGUCCGAGGGCUGCUGCGAUCCGGCUGGUGCCAACACCGGUAGUGGUGCGCCUGCCUGCCCUUAA